GGCAUAAAUAUCUUCAAACAUAUUAAAAGACAAAAAAUGCUUAAGAUAGUUUUGAUGACAUUAAAUGAUUAAGAUAGUCUGAUGAUCAACCCUGGUUUUACUUUGUCCAUUUGACAACUGAAACACCACCAUACCUGUUUCAAUUCUCCUUGCUGCUUCCCUUCCUCGCAACGUGAAUGUUAUUCUUUGGAUGAUUUGGACUCAUUUUCUGCUUCUAAUGGCUGUAGCCAGCUAACUGCACUCGGACUUCAUGUUUGUUCAAGUUUUACCUCCCCAUUAGAGUUUUUACCUUGUUGAAAUUGAGCAGAAGUUUAUAUUCGUAUCUGUGAAGAGUAGCUUUCCAAUUAUUUUUCUGUCCUUGCACCAAGAAUGACACCAACAUACUCAUAGAUCAGGCACUGCAUUUUGUGCCAAGCUGAUGCAUUAUUACCUUUGAAGAAAGCCCUUCAGUUUCAACUAUGACCACUAAUUCAUCUCUUCCUUCUGGAGUUCAUAAUGAAAAACAGAUUCUCUUUGAGAUUGGAAAUUCUGAAAGGCAGUUGUGGGCCUUGAUCCAUUCUAAAGGCCUAUUACACUCUGAUGUUCAAGUCUUGUAUCGCAACAUCAGGUCAAGUUAUGAGAGAGCAAUCUUGAAUAACCACACUUAUUCAGAACUUCAAGAUGUUGAAUAUUCCUUGUGGAAGCUUCACUAUAAGCAUAUUGAUGAAUUUCGCAAAAUAAUUAAGAGAAGCUCUGGUAAUGCAGAGAAUAAGAAAUCAGGAAUGGCACAAGAUGGUAUUGUGCAGAUAAACAAUGACAAUCAUAUAAAGGAAUUUAAGUCAUUUCUUUCGGAAGCUAGUGAGUUUUACCAAACUCUGAUUGUAAAGCUCAGAAAGCAUUAUGGUGUACCAGAAGAGGCUUUGUUUCAUAAAAUGGGUUGUGUUUCAACUUCUUCUGAACCAGAAUCCAUGCUGAAAUGUCAAUAUUUAUGCCACCGCUGCUUAGUCUGUAUGGGGGAUCUGUCCAGGUAUAAACAACAGUAUGAAAACCUUGACACUCAAAAGCAGAAUUGGUCAGUUGCUGCCACUCACUACUUGGAAGCAACAAGAAUUUGGCCAGAUAGUGGAAACCCUCAAAACCAGUUGGCUGUAUUGGCAACAUAUAUUGGGGAUGAUUUUCUUGCUUUGUACCACUGUAUGAGAAGUUUAGCAGUUAAAGAACCUUUUCCUGAUGCCUGGAAUAAUCUUAUCUUACUGUUGGAAAAAAACAGGUCAUCACAUCUGCAAUAUGUUUCCAGUGAAGUCUGCUUUGAUUUCUUCAAACCGUCUCAAAAGAUCAGCAAAGAGACUGAACUGCAACCAAAUUAUGACAGCUCAAACUGCAACAUGUAUGAAGGUGAAAGUAAUCAUUUUAUUGACACAAAGUUAUGGUCACUUGUAGUCAGAACAAUUAGUUUCCUCUUCAUAACACCAAGUUUGGAGGAAUUCACCAUUGCAUUGGCAUCUACUAUUGGAGUUUUAGAUGAAAUGAUGGAGCUAAAAGAUAUAAAACUAAAGACCAUUUUGGAGUCCUAUGGUCAAAUGGAUUUAGCCAGAAAGGGUCCUUUCCGAGCCUUACAAAUAGUUUCUAUACUCGUAUUUACCCUAAAGAAUCUAAUUGAUGAACACGACAAAAAUGAGUCGAAAGACAGAAAUGAUUGUCAGCAACUUGUUCUGAUACAGCUGGCAUUAACUGCUGCUUUCAUUCUCAUGGGCCGUUUUGUUGAAAGAUGCCUAAAGUCUAGUCCUUUGAAUUAUUGCCCCUUAUUGCCUUCUGUACUUGUUUUCUUGGAGUGGUGUGCAAGCAUGCUUGAUGCAAUUGAAGUAUAUGCAACUGAUAAAAAGAGUGAAACAGCUACUUCUUACUUUUUUGAUGUGCUUAUUGAACUUCUAAAUCAACUAAAUGAGAAUAGAAAGGAAGACAAGAAGCUUGUAGCAAGUAGUACCCCUCUUUGGGAAGACUAUGAGUUGAGGGGCUUUGUAUCUGUAGCUUCUUCACAUGUCUCAUUAGAUUUCUCUGGUAGAUGGGAACACAUUGACAACUUCGAGAGUGGCACUGAAUUGCGUGCUCAGCGCUUGAGUGAAGCAGCAAUGAAGAUUGCUAACAGACAUAAUUAUUUGCAAAAGUGGAUUAUAUGUGAUGAACUAGGAAGAAAAUUUUAUUCUGCAAGAUCCGAAGAAAAUCAUGAGAAGGAAGAAACAGAUGUGAAGUCCACAGACAAAAGGACGAGUGGGGAUGACCCUAAUCAGAAAGCUCACAAAGACACUGGAGAAGAUGAAAAAUGUGACACAAGGGAUAAUCCAAGUAGUUCCACUCACAGCACUAAUGAAAAUCCUCUUGUGGAAGAAGAAGUUAUUCUCUUCAGACCUCUAGCGAGGUAUAAUUCAGCACCAUCAUACGCACUUUUUUCCUCUGUUGAUCAGAUGUCAUCACCAAAAGUCAAGGAUGAUAAAAUCUUACCUUCUGAUGAUUGUCUGCACCGUACUACUUCUCUGCCUAUGACACAAAGUCCAUUUCAAACUGAUACUUGGGGAUUCCAUGGUGACAUGAUGAAUUCAAGGAUCAACAAAUCAUUCAAACUGCAAGAACCUUCAAUGAAGGAAUCAAAUUCACACACAAUUUCUGAAGGUCCUAUCUCUUCUGGCCAUCCUUCACUCAAUGCAUGGGUCCUUGAUAGAGGAGGGUUGAACACCAACAUGUUGCACCCCAUUGAGGAACUAGCUUCUUCAUACUUGGCUGAUCUUUCCAUCAUUGAAACUCAGAAUUCAGUGACCAUUUCAGAGGAUGGGUUUCCAAACUUCUCUUCCUCUUCUGCUACAUAUACUACUCCAGUUCCUUCUGCUCCAUUCUUGCCAGAUAAUGCUCCUUGGUAUACUGAUGUCAUUGUACAAUCUACUAUGUCUGCCCCAUUAUUGCCAGACAACACAUCACCAAUAAAUGGUUAUUCAGCUUGGAGUUCUACUUAUGGACCCCUUGGAUAUGACACUAGCUUCCCAUCUUAUUCCAGUGGAUACCCUCCACCAGGUAGAGUAACUUCUUCAGAAUGGUUGCGUUGGUACAGAGAGAAUCCCACACCUGAGAGGGUCAACAAUCAUAUGCAGCCUAGUCAUUUGAAUGUUCAUGGAAAUCAUGAAAACUUCCUCCAUCAUGACUCCUACAUGUUCAACCAAUUUGAUCAAUGGGGUAAUGCUUUGUCUCCUAACCAGUACUCACCAUAUAUGAAGCCACCAGGUCCCCCACCAUUGCAGCCAAGUUAUUCCUAUGCUUUUGGUGCCGGUGAACAAUUAACCAAUAUUUUCCACAAUUUUCAAAGACCAAGCCCUUAUGGGUGUGGUUCUGUGACAGAACAGAGAAACGAGCCACUGCCUCUGCUUGAGUACCUUAAGGAAAGGGAAUGGAGACUCCAGCAAGAUCCUACCCUUAGAGGACCCACUUUCAUGGGAAAUUAAAGUUUAAAACUCCUCAUCUGAAACUUAGUUCCAUAAUCUCAAAAUUGUACUCCUUGCUUGCACUUUGAUUCAUACAAUACAGGGUAGCCAACAGUGUAUGUAUAUAUUUAUAAUGAGUAUAUUUUUUUAACCAUUCC